CAUUCCACCACUUUAUUUCCUUUAUAUAUUCACUCUUCCCCUUCACUUCAUUUGCCCAAGUUUCUCUUCUUCUUUGCUAAGAUCACCAUCUUCCUCUGCUUUUCCUUACCAUCUUCCUCUUCAAGAUCAUCAAUGGCCUGCUUAGAGGUUUUCAAGGAGAGUAACUUGAAAGAGGAAGAGGGAGCUUGCACUACUCUUGAUGGUACAGUAGACUGGCAUGGCAGACCUGCAAUCAGAGCUCAAUCAGGAAGAUGGUUUGCAGGAAUUAUCAUACUUCUGAACCAAGGUCUGGCUACCCUUGCAUUCUUUGGAGUUGGGGUAAACCUGGUGCUGUUUUUGACUAGGGUUCUACAGCAAGACAAUGCAAGUGCUGCUAACAAUGUCAGCAAAUGGACUGGGACUGUUUACAUUUUCUCUCUGGUGGGGGCUUUCCUCAGUGAUUCCUACUGGGGUCGGUUCAAAACUUGUGCCAUCUUUCAGCUCAUCCUAGUCUUAGGUUUGGCGAUAUUAUCGUUGGCAACAAACCUCUUUUUGCUCAAACCUAAAGGUUGUGGUGAAGAUUCAGCUCCAUGCGGAAGCCAUUCAAGUGUGGAGAUUGGAUUGUUUUACCUCUCUAUCUACCUAAUUGCAAUAGGUUAUGGAGGGUAUCAACCAAACAUUGCCACAUUUGGUGCUGACCAGUUUGAUGAAGAAAAUCCCAGAGAGGGACACUCAAAAGUGGCAUUUUUCAGCUACUUCUACUUGGCUCUGAACCUUGGGUCCCUCUUCUCCAACACCAUAUUGGUUUAUUUUGAAGAUGAAGGGAAGUGGGCUCUGGGGUUCUGGGCAUCCACGGCCUCUGCAUUUGCAGGGUUGAUCAUGUUUCUUGGUGGAUUCAUAAGGUACAGACACUUCAAUGCAAGUGGAAACCCACUCUCCAGGUUCUGCCAAGUUAUAGUUGCAGCAAUGAAGAAAUGGAAGGUGGAUCUGUCACCCGGUGAAGAUGAUUUAUAUGAUGAAGAUGCAAAGGAGUCCUCCAAUAAUGGCAACAGAAAGUUACUGCACACCCAUGGUUUCAAGUUUUUGGACAGAGCAGCAUAUAUUUCGUCAAGGGAUUUAGAUUGCCAAAAGCAGGGCCUUCGAAACCUUUGGCGUCUCUGUCCUAUUACACAAGUUGAAGAAGUUAAAUGCAUUUUGAGAUUGCUCCCAAUUUGGCUUUGCACCAUUAUAUACUCAGUGGUUUUCACACAGAUGGCUUCUCUUUUUGUUGAGCAAGGUGCUGCCAUGAAAACUGUGGUUUCCAGCUUCCGGAUUCCACCCGCUAGCAUGUCUAGCUUUGAUAUUCUGAGUGUGGCAGCUUUCAUUUUCCUUUACCGUAGAAUUCUUGACCCAUUUGUGAGUAGGUUCAAAAAAUCAAGCUCCACAGGGCUUACAGAACUUCAACGGAUGGGAAUUGGCCUUGUCAUAGCAAUACUGGCAAUGGUUUCUGCAGGAAUCGUCGAGUGCUACAGACUCAAGUAUGCCAACAAGGAUUGCAUUCAUUGCGAAGGAUCUAGCUCAUUGAGCAUCUUCUGGCAAGUCCCUCAGUAUGCAUUUAUAGGAGCAUCUGAAGUAUUCAUGUAUGUAGGUCAAUUGGAAUUCUUUAAUGCACAGACACCAGACGGUUUGAAGAGCUUUGGAAGUGCCCUUUGCAUGACAUCGAUCUCGUUGGGUAAUUAUGUGAGCAGCUUGCUUGUCAGCAUAGUUAUGAAGAUCUCGACUGAGGAUAACAUGCCAGGAUGGAUCCCCGGAAAUCUAAACAGAGGUCACCUAGACAGAUUCUACUUCCUCUUAGCCGCCCUGACGUCAAUUGAUUUAGCUGUCUACAUUGUAUGCGCAAAAUGGUACAAGAGUAUAGAGUUUGAAGGGAAAAGUGAUGAAAAUGGUAUACCUGAAAACUGCAAAGUCUAACCUAUACCAAAAACAUCAGCCACACAUGUUAAAUCCUAUGGCAGCAAACCUUAUAUAAAUAAGAGAAAUGGGGUAGGCAAAAAAAAACAAAAAGAGAGUUGCGCUUGAAGAAAAAACAGAAGGGGAAGGUGUAAGGAGAAGCCCUUUUUUUUCCGCUCAACACUCUUGCUGCCAUUUCUCUGUUUCUACAUCAUCUGACAUAUCAUUUUUUUCCGACUACUAGGCUGUGGUUAGAGCUGAGUUGAGUUGAAGUGUGUUUCAAGAGGUGGAUAACUUGAUGGGUUUUAGGUCUCUGUAUCUUUCCUCUACCUUAUUCUCAUUUCAAGGUUCUAAUGCUAGCCAUAGCAUUUAACAUGUGCUUUCUAGGGAAAAUAUAUUGCAAACUUCUUUGUAAGAGUACUACUCUGUAUGACAAUAGUGGAAGCAACCCUUCCCCCUAAAUGUUUGAUUUUCACUGAAACAAGUCAA